AUGUGCGGUCUUGCAGGUGUGAGAAACAAGCUUCUCGAGUUCCGCCAGAAGCCGAGGACGGAGCCCAAGAUCGAUAUGGCGAACCCUCCCGGCCCGGGAACACUCAUCAAGAGGCAUUCCACGGGGCGGGAAAUGGUCCCCGAUUUGGGCGGACAAAUCAAGCAGAACUUCGUGCAGUCAGCAUACCCGACAUUCGACCGCAGGCAUCCAGACACUACCUUCAUGCCUGAAGGCAAGCUCGAACAGCUGUUCACCACCGAUGCUGUCAAGAAGGCACUAGGCACGCACUACUCCAAGAGAACGUAUGACUUCAUCCGCCGCAAGGCCUGCAAGGUGUUUGCCACUCUGGUGUUCAUCGACAAGGCAAAAGCUAUCAAAGACUUCGAGGAAUUUGGUGUUUGCGACAAUUAUCUGCCCAUUGUUCUGGAGCCUGAUGCAAAAAGACCUCACAUAUUCUACCUCGUGUCCAAACGCGAUGUGAAUAGCUCAGAGUGUGAAGACGCACUGGCACAACUCCUUGACGCCACAUGCAAGAAUGAAUGGUCCAUGACAAUUUGGGCCAUUGAGACUUUCUGUGACUCGCAAUGGAAGUUCAUGGCCCCCGUGUUUUCCGAAACGUCACAACGUUGCAGGUUCUCUCCAAGGAGAGUUCUGCCUUUCUACCUUCCACCCGGAGUGGAUCCUGUUUCAAAAGCGAGCACCUUCAGCACCGUCUACCAGGCUUGGGUGCACCCAUCCAACCACAAUUUCAAGGACCCCGUAUUCCCAGAAAAAAAGUUGGGAGGUCCAGUGGCAGUGAAGAUGCUCAGUGUCAACGUCAGUGUUGUGGACAACUACAACGUGACGACUGCAUACGACAAUGAGAUCGAAUCCCUGAAAAUUUUCCAGAACGUCUCAAAUGCACAUCUAAUCAAGGCUUUGUGCACCUUCCAGCAUGGCGACAAUGGUUACUACAUCAUGUUCCCGUGGGCCACUGCCAAUCUGCGAGAGUACUGGGAAGACAAUCAUCCUGGAGAUUCCGAUAGUGGGGCCCCUGCUGCUGCUAAUGUAAAAUGGAUGUUGGAGCAACUUGCAGGUUUGUCAGGUGCUAUUCGCAGCCUUCACUUCCUCAAGGACAGUCAUUAUCUAUCUCCGAAGGUCGCAGAAAAUAAAGAGACAAAUUGCCGGCAUGGCGACUUGAAACCAGACAAUAUUCUGCUCAUGGGCCCUGGCAAGGGAAGACUGGUCAUUGCAGAUGUUGGCCUGACCAAGGUACACGGCGAACCCACGAGAUUUCGCAAGGAUGCCACUCGCUCCAUCGCGGGUACGGAGAGAUAUGAGCCGCCAGACAUCCUCCAUGGUGGGGCUAGAUCUCGAGCCUACGAUAUAUGGUCUUUCGGCUGCAUCUGCCUUGAGGCCAUCGUUUGGAUCCUCUAUGGAAAAUCCGGCUUGCACACUCUUCACCGUCAAAUUCUAGGUCAACACAAAUUCUGGUUCUCACCGGAUGCAGAACGAACUCUGGAGGCUUUACAGAGCGAAACGAGCAGCGACACCUCGCGUAUGGAGCCUGGUGAAUUGGACAACCUCAAAAGGCGAGCUCUUGCGUCUUGCACAAUAAAUCAGAACAUUCGGGUGCUUCUGGAAGAGAUGAGGAGAACGGACCCACGGUGCUUUAGCGACUCUCCCAUCAAGGCUUUACUUGAACUGGUGGACAGCAGGCUGUUGAUGAUCAGAAUCAACCGUGUGGACAAUCCACUAAAGCGGCAAGAGUGCCGUGCGGAUGCCAAGGAAAUGUUUGGAGCGAUAGAGGCUAUACACGUUCGCGCAGUGAAGGAUAAGAAGUAUCUGGAUAAUUGCCUGAAAAGUUACCCCAUGCCCCAGAUAACCCCGAAGCCACAAGCUCCACCCAGGCAUGGAGCCUCACUCGGAGACGACUUGGUCCACCACGCGGUACACGACCGUGUUUCUGCCCCUCAGGGGGUUAGGAAUGCACCAACGGAUGACAUAGUCACCAGAGAGGGAGUACCGCCGAACUUCACAGUACUUUCACCAGAGCUAACCACCACGCAUCAGCGUGGCGUUGUAAGUCAUGCCUCUAGUUGCAGUUAUGUCCCGGUGCUGACUUACAGUGAAGACACUUUUACUAAUUUGAUCAACCAGCCGCUCGACGAUGUCUGGACCUUCUCUGGAGAUGGCAUCUUCGCUCGAGAUCUGUUUCGUAAAACCAAGCCCUGGCUAGUGUUCCCAUCAAUUCCUCGGAAGCCCAAUCUGAGAAAUGGCUGUGCCGGUCUUGACAUAUGGGAAGGCGGGUUUUCAAUUAAAACCACCGUUGCGAAGCUGCAAACAGAGCAGGAAAAUUGCGACUUAUGUCUGAUGCUCUUUGAAUGUGUAAAACGAAACGGAAAAAUUAAUGAGACCCAUGUGGAAUUCUUUCGCAUUGGGUCGACAUUCUCUUUCAGUCGGUACCAAGAGCCUGUUCUAUCAAUUAUUGGGCACCCAGACUUUGCUGCCCCGGCAGCCGUAUCUCUACAAUUGGGAUUUCCUCAACUUCCAUCCAUGAUGAGUGUAAUUCAAACCGCGCUGCUGCGCGAGUGGAUUCGGGUUUGCGAUACUUCACAUCGCUGUUGGUCUGAAGACAAACGCAUCUUACCCACACGACUCUUGGACGUCAACUGCCCUGGACACGGAGAUGAUUCUACGAUCCAACUUGUCAAAUCGUCUUCUUUAAAAUGCAAUCCCAAAUAUGUUGCACUCUCUCACCGCUGGGGGACAAUCGGGCCUUCUAUGCAGGCUACCAGCGACAAGAUCACGUAUCUGGAGCGAGGAUUCAAGACAACAUCACUUCCGCAGACUUUCCAAGAUGCAGUCUAUGUCACGAAGGAGCUAGGGCUACGCUAUCUGUGGAUUGAUUGUCUCUGCAUUAUACAAGACUCUGAUCAAGACUGGCUCUACGAGUCCGUGAAAAUGGAGGAUGUUUUCGCCAAUGCCUAUUGUACCAUCGCUGCUACCAGAUCUCGGUCAUCUGAAGACGGCUUCCUAUCUCAACAGCGAGUGGAGCGAUUAUGCAAGGCGGUGCGGCCUUUGAAGGGUCCGCCGUAUUAUAUCUGUGACCGGAUCGACGACUUUCGAGAAGAUGUCGAGAAUAGCGAACUGAACCAGCGCGGCUGGGUGUUACAAGAGCGGGCGCUGUCACGCAGAACAAUUUACUUCGCUAAGCGCCAAAUUUAUUGGGAAUGCGGGAAAGGAGUUUACUGCGAGACGUUGACAAAGUUGCAAAAUCGCAAAUCAGCUUUGCUUGGAGAUGCUCAUUUUCCACAAUACAUUGAGGACCUGGCCAAGGACGACAAAAUCAAUUACUUCAUUAGUCUUUACGAACAAUACUCCACACGAUCCUUCACGUAUCCGGACGACCGACAAGUUGCAAUCCUCGGAAUUGAGCGGCGUCUAUUAAAGUCUCUGGGAACGAGAGGAAAAUACGGUGUCUUUGAAGAAUACCUGCACCGCACCCUUCUCUGGCAACGAAACAAGAGCCAAGCGUCAAUGAGAUUGCUUUCUGAGAGGCUUCUCCGAAAGGUGCCAUCAUGGUCUUGGAUGGCAUAUGAUGGGGGCAUCUCAUAUAUGAAAGUACCGUACGGUCAAGUGAUCUGGAACUCGCAAGAAAUGCCCAGUCCUUUCAAGGAUAUGAGGGUAGAUUCGGAUGGCUUGUUGAUCCAUGAGCUGGAACUCGUUGUUGUGGGGCAAGAACUGGACAUUGGCUAUGAGUCGUUGGAUAUGACCCAAGUUGUGCUCGACUGUGGCAGGGAUAAUGAUGGAUCAGGUUGGUUGGUCGUUGUGUUGGGCGAGGAGAAGUAUGUGCCUGGUCGCAUCAAGGUAUCCCGGAAGAUCUAUGUGAUUCUUGUGUCGCCGUUGAAGGGAGACAGCACGGGUGUCCUCUAUAGGCGAAUAGGGGCGGGUACUCUACCGGGUCGAGAGGUCAUAAAAGACGGAUCGCGCAAGAUCAUCCGAGUGCGUUAG